UAGGCCUAGGUAGCUCUACUCUUUCACUAUCUUGGUUUUCAACUUCCUAAGAUUAAGUCAAAAACAUCAUUUAGGUUUUUUAUUCAUUCGUAGUUUUGGGUUACUUCAAAGGAGGCUCAUCGCAACAGUUUACAUCGAUUAGUGCACGUGGAAUAUACGCGUCAAGUUCAAUAGGUGCACACGUGGAGUUCAAAAGGUCUAUGCGUGGAAUUUACAAGGUUUAUGACUGGAAUUCGGAAGACCUAUAUUGGUGGAAUUUCCAGGCUGAGUACGCGUGAAAACCCUAACGUGCACGUGUGAACAUCAUAUGCCUGAAGUGCAUCGUUAAAAUUUUGGAAGUUUGUGUGUAGAACAGAACCCUCACAUGCAUUGACUUCACUGUACAUGAUGGAGAUACAGAUUUUUACUUGUGGUCUAGCGUUCUUGGUGUCCUUUUUGGAGUUAUCUUCUCCAUUGGUUCAUCAGUGUACCUUCAGUGAACCAGGAAUUUGCGGAUUUAAACAGUCUAAAGCUGAUCUCAUUGAUUGGACAAAGCAGACCUCAUUGGCACAGUUAGUUUUACCUGUAGGUCAAAGUUUACCGACACGGCCAUCAGGAACUCACUUGUGCGCGUGCUACAGAGAAGAACAACCACGUGAACAUUUAGUGUAUGUGAACGCCAUCAUAGAUUCUCCGGUGUACAAAGUUCAGUCGACUACACAGGCCAGACUAGUGGUGUUUGUUAACAUUAAAUUAAGAGAUCAGAGCGCCCUCUAUAUCAGGAAAAUGGAAAUUCAGAAUGGAAAAUCAUUUAGAGGGACAUUAAUUUGGAGUGGCAAUGGUGUUACAUUUGGUACUGGAUGGCGAAAGAUAAAUGUUGAAUUUACAGUGCAAAAUUCAUUUAAGAUUGUAUUUGAAGCAGUUGUGACCGCUAUUGAGUACAACUCUGUACGAAUAGAUGAAUAUAACAUCAUGCAUAAUGAAGGGCAUAUACAUCCUAAUCCUGGUAGGCCUACCCAGCCAAGUAAACCACGAAUUCCAUUUAUUCCGCCUGCAAAACCACCAGUUGUUCCGGCACGCCCGAAACCUAAACCGACAAUAAAACCAAGAGUACCAGUACCAAAGACAUUAGCACCAAGACGUACUGACCCACCAGCGCCAGCACCACCACGUGUUACAUAUAAACCAUAUAUUCCCAGAGUUCCAACUACAUCGUUCAACUGGAACAGACCGAAACAUACAGACGAUCCGCUGAAAGAUCGGGAUAUUCAGUCGACACAGCUGACAACAGUAGUACUAUACGAUGGAGGCCCAACAUUUGUCCAGAGCCUUCCAUUGGUAGCUGUAUCCAUCGGUUUGGGUUUGUUUCUCGUAUUCCUUGUUGUAGCUGUGGCGUGGGUUAUUCGAUGCAUAAGCAGAGUUAACACACACGAGUAUGUUCAAAAGAAAGCGAUGAUGCUACAACACCAAUCGGAUAGCGUGCGUCUCGCAACUAAUAAGGAACGGCGGCGUAGUUCCACUAUGUCAAAUAAAUCUAAGCGUAGCACUGGUUCAUUGUGCAUAUCGCCUGCCACACCAGAUGACUCGCCUGUACCAUCGCCAGCCCCAUCUUCGCCCUCACCGUCGACAACAAGCGAAUGUUCCGCUUUUCCAGGUUUUACCCCUACCCCUAGUGAAAUGCAAUAUCAGUGGCUUCCAAUGCAUAGAUAUGAAGACAUCAUCGACGGGGAUAGGAACAAACGAGAGAAGCUAAGGAAAGGGACAAGCGAAGACGUAUAUAUAAACGCUCCACUGAACAACCGAAGCGCAAAAGACCGCCCGUUACUAACGAUCGCUGAGGAGUUGGAGGCCCAGUUUCGUAAACAUGGCGUAACGUUGUUCAAGAAACAUCAAAAUGAGAACGUUAACAAACAUGAAUAUGUGAAUAAGAAUGCGGCGAUAAACCAAAAUACAUAUGUCUGCCGCAGUGAAACUGAUUGGGUUGAAAAUUCAAUAUAUGAAACGGGUUCGGUUGUAAAUAACACGAAAAACUACGAAGUGAUUUACCGUAUGCCGAACCUCUGAGUAUUUUUUCGGACACCUCUGGUUUUACACACCGAGGCCAAGACUUACGUUCAACACGGUGCGCAGUGCGCAGCAAAUAGGUGAAAUGUAACUGAUUCUGAUGGUGCUGGGGGCGACUACGAUUUACACGCAUUCAUUUUUUUAAUUAUGUGAAGCGGCAUAGGUGUGUGUAAGAGGUAUCGUUGGCCCAAGGUAAUAACACGAUGACCAUAAUCAACGUGAAUUGCCAACAGUACUCACACGAAAUACGUUAUUUUAUUUCUUUUGUAUGUUAACAAUCAAAUAUUGGUUACGAUUAAUUGAAUAUUUGUUGCUAUUUUUUUUUUAUAUAUUUGAUUAUGAUUGUAAAUAUACAUAAGUGAAACAUGUUAUUAUGAAGCGAAAUAAAUAAUGAUACAAAUACUUCA